CUUCUUUUUUCCUCUCUUGCACCCCUAGUUCUCUCAUCUGGUUGGGUAGACAGAAAAGGGAGCACGCAAGGGAACGAAGAGAGAGAUAGGGGGGUGGUGAGGUGUGUGAGCAAUAAAUAGAAAUUAAGGUCCGAGCCGCAUCCAUGGCGGCGUUUGCAGGCGCCCUCGAAUUUCUCCCCUGCACUCACUCCUCUCUCGCAUCUCUCUCCUCCCUUCUAUUCUUCUUCCUCUUCUUUAUAUAGCCUCACACUUCGCCUCCUCACCACCUCAAAAAGCAUCUUGCUUGUUCUCUAUCUCUACCUCAGCUGCUAAGCUCCUCCUCCUUCUAGUGAGAGAAAGAAAGAGAGCCUAAUUAGACCCAAGAGGCCAAGAGAGGAAAGGAAUUAACCAAGAAGAGGAGGAUUAGAGGCAGGCUACCUAUUUUCAGCAAAGGCAAGGAGCUAGGAGAGAGGAGGGGCUGAGAAGGCUUCUUUGUGUUGCACUCGCUCAUCUUGAUGGGUGGUGGUUGCUGCCUGGCAUGGCUGGGUUCUCUCUGAGAGGCGGAGGCGGAGGCGGAGGAGGAGGGAGAGGCGGCGACCACCAGAUCGGUGCCGACAGCCUGUUCCUGUACGCUCGCGGGGCAGCCGCCGCGGCCGCCGAAACGGCAGGCAGCGGCGGCGGGGGCGGGGGGAUAGGGUUCCAGCUAUGGCACCCACACCAGCAGGCGGCGGCGGCCGUGCCGCACACAUCGCAGUUCUUCUCCUCCGGCGUGGCCACGGGCGUCGUGCUGGGGUUCUCGUCCCAUGAUGGAGGCGGCGGGAUAGGUGGCCCCGGCGGCGGGGGCGCCGGCGGCGGCAGGGCGGGGACGAGCUGUCAGGACUGCGGCAACAACGCCAAGAAGGACUGCACCCACAUGCGGUGCCGCACCUGCUGCCGCAGCCGCGGGUUCAGCUGCCCCACCCACGUGAAGAGCACCUGGGUCCCCGCCGCCAAGCGCCGCGAGCGCCAGCAGCAGCUCGCCGCGCUCUUCCGCGGCGCGGCCAACAACAACAGCGCCAGCGCCGCCGCUGCCGCUGCGGCCGCCAGCAAGCGGCCACGCGAGCUCGUCCGCUCCCUCGGCCGCUUGCCAUCUGCCACCUCCGCCAUGCUCGCCACCACCACCUCCUCAGGCGACUGCAGCGGCGGGAGGUUCCCGCCGGAGCUGAGCGUGGAGGCGGUGUUCCGGUGCGUGAGGAUCGGAGCGGUGGACGAGCCGGACGCGGAGCUCGCGUACCAGACGGCGGUGAGCAUCGGCGGGCACACGUUCAAGGGCAUCCUGCGUGACCACGGCCCGGCCGACGACGCGGCUGUGGGCCAGCUGCCGCCGUCCUCGGCGGAGUACCACCAGCUGACGCAGGGGAGGGAAGGGUCGUCGCCGGCCGGGAGCAGCGAGGCGGCAGCCACGGCAGCGACGUCCGCGGCGGUGCUGAUGGACCCCUACCCGACGCCGAUCGGCGCCUUCGCCGCAGGCACCCAGUUCUUCCCUCAUAACCCUAGAACCUAGCUAGCUAGCUUCUUGAAUUCCUAUCCUAGCUUAAUUCCUUCAUGGUUUCAUUUCCUGCCAAAUUAAGAUUAUGAGCAUGAGCUAAGUCGUCGUCGUGAUCAGCAAACAAAACCAAGACAAGAAGAAGAGAAGAGUUUCGAUUAUUACUACCCAUUUCAGUCGUUGAUCGAUGAACACUAAUGCGCGAUCGAUCGAGCAUAAUGUUGUUAGCUAGAGCUAGUAGUGCUACUUUAAUUUGUCGAUGAACCUUUCGAGUUGAUUAAUUAGCCACCUUAAUGCAAUGCAAAGAGAAGAUAAUUUAAGUGUAGCAGCUUCCUCAAAUGAUGAGAGUUGAAUUUUCCUCAA